AUGGGGUCACCAGGAACUGAGCGCAGAGGGACAGCUCAGCUCCUGCGCUUCCAGCUGGCUCCCAUCAAGAAGUUAGAAGGCAGCCUGCAAAUGCAUUUCCUGUUAUCUCUCCACCCUAGAACGACUUUCCCUAGCGGGGCUGGGGGAGGGGAGGCGGGGCGGGGGCGCGAGGCGGGCUGGAGGGCGGGGUGGAAGGGAGGCGCCGAGGCCCGGAGCGGUCCGGGGAGGGUCUGGAAGAUGGUUGCCUGGCAGCUGGUGGGAGGGACCGAUCUGCGGGCUCGCGGCAGGGGCCGCCCCGGUCCUAAUGAAAACGUGUCCUUGCUCCAGGCCGGGCACCCGGACGCACCACCUCGGCCUCUCCCCGCCGCCUGCAAGAGGAAGAGCACUGCCCGCGGACACCCAACGCUUUACUCCCGACCGAUGCAUCCGUCUCGCUGCGUCUAG